AUGACAUUCCCGCUUGCUAAGAAAGUCUGUAUCGUCGGCGCCGGACCCUCGGGUCUCGUGGCUGCGAAAUCACUUCUACACGAUGUACCCAGGGGAACCUUCGAGGUUACCAUUUUCGAAGCCAAAAAUCGCAUUGGUGGUAUUUGGCCAUCAGACAGAAAUGACACUGAUGGCCUGGUGCAUCCGCUAAUGGCUGCGAACCAAAGCAAGCACACAGUUCAAUUCAGUGAUCUUGCUUGGCCAGCUGACAGCCCUGAAAUACCUCGCGCAUGGCAUAUUGGUCAGUAUCUCCGCCGUUAUUUCAACAGAUAUUGCACCAAUGUCAAUCUUCAUCUUGGCUUCAAAGUCGAGAGCGCACAACCGGUAACUAUUGGAGCUUUGGAUCACAAUGGGUCCUCCCAGCUGUCGGGUUGGCGGAUCCAAGCUCGAUCCUCCGAGGGAGAGGUCAAAGAAGAGACCUUCGACUUUCUAAUUGUGGCUUCUGGCUACUUCAGCAAGCCAGCUAUACCAGAAUUCCGUCACGAGAAGCCUGACACCAACGUCCCAAUGAUUCAUAGCAGUCAGUUCAGCGAUCUCCAGAGACUCUUCGACAAAAAGAGCCCUCUGGGAGGUAAGAUCCUCGUCGUUGGUGGUCAAAUGUCCGGGGUUGAGAUUGCGAGCACGAUUGCUAUCCAGCUUUCAUCUGCCAUGCAUUCUCCAUCUGCGAACACAAGCCAGGCUGCGGUCAACAACCCCAGAGGAUAUGCAGUUUGCCACCUUAUCCAGAAGCCUCUCUGGAUCCUUCCGUCUUAUAUUUCUCCGAAGCCAGAUGAGCAUGCACCUCGGUUCCUUCCUCUUGACCUGGUGUCCUUUAAUCUUUCCAGGAGACCACAGCCCCUGACAAAUACUCAGGGCCACAUCUCCGAGGACUUGGCAAGAGACUUCCAUAGGAAGUAUCAAACUUCACUUGGUACUGACCAGUCGGAAUUUUGUCCAAAACUCACUAUUACAGCUUCAGACACAACCAAUCCUCCAUUGAUUGCGAUCAGUGACUACUACCUGGACCUGGUCCGUUCCGGUCUCAUCACGGUCUGUUCUGGAAAAUUGGAGGCACUUUCUGGCUCUCAAGCAAUCAUUUCUCCUUCUGGUGAGCACAUUGAUGACAUUGCAGCCGUUGUGUUUGCCACAGGAUUCGAGGCCUGGCCUUCGCUUUCUUUCCUAGCUCCCCUAGUCCUGGAGGUUCUGUCAGUUCGACCCUCUGACUUGUACAACACUGUUGCACUCGGAUUCCACGGUACCUAUCACCCUGAAAUACCAAAUCUCGGCUUCGUUGGCUUCUACAGGGGUCCCUAUUGGGGGAUUAUGGAGAUGCAGGCACGGUUUCUUUCCAGUCUCUGGGCCUCGGGUGGUCCGUCGUCGCCCCGACUACCCCAAUCACUUAAAGACGCCUUAAACAACGAUACGUCGCUUGAUCGAACUAUACGCCUUCGAUCUGAUUCUCGGUCCUCGCAAUUUCCAAUGGGCGAUUAUGUUUGGUUAAUGGAGCAAUUCGCCUCAGCGCUCGGGAUCAACCGUCAGCCGAUGCACAGGAUCUCAAGCCUGUCAUCAGAUCACGAUGACAUGGAUAUUCUAACACCAGCAAGAUACCCUUCUAAAUCACUGAGCGAGGUACAGCAGGCAGAGGUGUCAGAGUCACUCCGACAAACGCGAACAGUUGUUCUGGCUGGCAUAUCAUCUGCAAAAUUCGUGGCCCGCGCUGUUUUCCGCUCUCUCCUCGGAGAAUGGAAAGUGGAGCGUGAUAUCCGCAGCCGAAGUCCUAACUACCCUGCCGGUUACUUUACUGGGACCGCCAAAUUUCUAUUGCGUCAAGGGACUCGUGAAGGUCACGAGGUUGAAUUUGACGCUCUUAUCCAAGAUGGCUAUCCAAGUUUGGAAUACCUCUAUGUUGAAGAAGGGGUAUUCAAGGCUGAGAAUGGCUUGGAGUUUCCAGCGAAUCGCCGUUAUGUGUGGCGCUAUAAUGAAAAGACGGAUAAGCUUUCCAUCUGGCAUAUACGAGCAAACGAUCGUGAGCGACUAACUGUUGAGAAUCUCUUCCAUGAGAUCGAAUUCACUAUUGCUCAAGACAGUCGAGGCUCUCCUGGCUGGGCAGGUAGAGGAAGCCAUUUGUGCGGCUGUGACUUUUACAAAAGUUACUAUCUGUUUAACUUCAAGGCUGUCAACCUGGUCCACUGGAAAUGGAUGCAUGUUGUCAAGGGCCCUAAGAAGGACUACACUCUUGAUGCGAAAUUCAUCAGGUGA